GGCCGGCGCGCUCCGUCGGCGCUGGGGCCCGCCCGCGGGGCCGGCCGCCUGUCAGAGGGAGGUGGCGAUGCUGCGCCCGGUGGCGGCGGCGGCUCGGCGGGUGCGACUGCAGCGAGGGGGACAGGACUGAGCGAGCGGCCGGCUGAAUGAAUGAAUGGCGGAGCCGAGCGCGCCAUGAGGAGCCUGCCGAGCCUGGGCGGCCUCGCCCUGCUGUGCUGCUGCGCCGCCGCCGCCGCCGCGGGGAAUGUCACCGGGGCCGCGGGGCAGGUGGACGCGACGCCGGGCCCGGCAGCGGGGGGCGAGCCCAGCCCGCCUUUCUCUGAAGCCACAGCGUCCCCCGGCCUGGGCCCGGGCAGCGCUGCCCCGCGCGACCCCGUGCAGCCACCCCCGGCCGCGUCCUCUUCGCCGCCGUCCCCGGAGACCAGCCCUGCUCGCCCCCCGGCCCGACCCGCGCCCACCACCUUGCAGACGGCGCCCGGCCUCUCGCCCACCACCGCUCGGGGGGAGGAGCGCACCCCGAGCACCCCUCGAGCCACCCCCAGAGCCACGCGGACCAGUCCCCCGACGACCACCGGCCCGGCGCCCACAACCCCCGCGGUGACCACCGGCCCGGCGCCCACCAGCCCCGCGGCGCCCACUGUCCCGGCGCCCACCACCCCGCUGACCCCGAGCCCCACUCUCCCCAGCAGCAGCAGCAGCAUCAACAGCAGCAGCAACAGCAGCAGCAGCAACGGCAGCAACAGCAGCAGCAGCGUCCCGCCCACCGGCCCUGCCACCGAGCCCCCCUCGCCUGCGCCCCCAGAAUAUAAGUGUAACUGCUCUGCGGUUGGAAGCGUGGACGAGAAUCGCUGCAACCAGACCACAGGGCAGUGUGAAUGUCGGCCAGGGUACCGGGGCCUUGGCUGUGAGCUGUGCACGGAGGGCUUUUACCAGAAUCACACCUCGGGGCUUUGUCUGCCCUGUCACUGCAGUCCACUGGGCGCGCUCAGCCUGCUCUGUGACAGUUCUGGGAAAUGCCAGUGCAAGAUGGGUGUCACGGGCUCUACUUGCGAUCAAUGCCAAGAUGGAUAUUAUGGCUUCAAUAAGAGCGGUUGCCUGCCCUGUCAAUGCAAUAACCGAUCUGCCAGUUGUGACACCCUCACAGGUACUUGUUUAAACUGCCAGGAAAAUAGCAAAGGAGAUCACUGUGAAGAAUGCAAAGAUGGAUUUUACCAGAGUCCCGGUGCCACUCAAGAAUGUCUUCGCUGCCCUUGCUCAGCAGUGACGUCCACGGGCAUUUGCGUCAUCAAAUUGGGUGAAUUGGAACCUACAUGUGUCCAGUGUAACGAAGGUUACACAGGCCAGAACUGCAAUAAAUGUGAAAACGGCUAUUACAAUUCUGACAGCAUCUGCACACGGUGCCAAUGUCAUGGCCAUGUGGACCCAGUGAAAACUCCUAAGAUUUGCAAGCCUGAGAGUGGUGAAUGCAUCAGCUGUCUCCAUAACACCACAGGGUUUUGGUGUGAGAACUGCCUAGAAGGUUACGUUCGAGACCUCGAGGGAAAUUGCACCAAGAAAGAAGUUAUUGUUCCAACACCUGAAGGUUCUACCAUUUUGGUUUCCAAUGCUUCUUUGACCACAUCCGUGCCCACCCCUGUUAUAAAUAGUACAUUUACCCUCACCACCCUGCAGACUAUCUAUUCAGUAAGCUCUUCCGAGAACAGCACGUCAGCUUUGGCUGAUGUGUCAUGGACCCAGUUUAACAUCAUCAUUCUGACAGUCAUCAUCAUUGUGGUGGUGCUGCUGAUGGGAUUUGUGGGGGCCGUGUAUAUGUACCGGGAAUACCAAAACCGGAAACUGAAUGCCCCCUUUUGGACCAUCGAGCUAAAAGAAGACAAUAUCAGUUUCAGCAGCUACCACGAUAGCAUUCCCAAUGCAGAUGUGUCGGGAUUGUUGGAAGAUGAUGCCAAUGAAGUGGCUCCCAAUGGGCAACUAACCCUGACGACACCCAUACAUAACUACAAAGCCUAAGGGGCUAGAACUGUUCUCCCAGAUUGUCAGAUCUUAGUCUCACUAAGACAGCGUUGGCGCUCGGGUCGAAUUUGCGGAGUGAGCAAAGGCAUAUAUAGUGCACCUGCAAUUUUCAGGUACAGAUUUGUAAUGCACUUAGCCUGAUUACUCUAGUUGUCCCCUGAAGACCCGGAGCAUUCACUGUCAACAAGGACUUAAACUAAAGUAUAUUUUUGUAUCAAACCACUUGGGAUGUGCUAGAAAGGCCGAACCCUCUAGUGUAGUCCAAACCCACUUUGACCUCCAGAUAGAUUCCCGGGAAAGUAUUCAUCAAGCCAGCGAUUAACAGGAUCAUGGAUGUGGAUGGGAAAAAAGACUUCCGGAAGACUUCAUCUCCAUUCCUGAAACUAUUUUUAGAAGGAGGUUCAGGAGUGAUACUCAUUCAUUGUACGAAAGGAAUAUCAUGAAGGAAAAGAUGUCCGGUCUGUGUCACAAUAAACAAUCCUUAUUGUUUCCAAGACAGGGACAGAAAGUUCCACGAUUUUCAGAAGGGCUCGAUUUCUCCUUCCAGAGUUUCUGCUCAAUUAUAGGAUUAAAACACACGAUAAGCGCCUGAGAGUAGAGACAGGAAAACAACAUCGGGAACAGGAAGCUGAUGGACCUCCACAGGGUCUCAAGUGUAAAUGAUAAAUUGUCAAAAAGUGAGGACCAUUACUCCUGCCUCCAGAUAAACAAGCUGUAUAUAAUUAAUGUAGCAUAUCUGGUCAAUAUUGUAUUUGUAUCUAUUUGUAAAAAAAAUCAUGUCAUAUUUUAUCAUCUAGAAUGUAUUUGUACAGCAGUUAAUAGCGUUGUAAAAAACAUAUACAGGGGUUGGUUAAAAUACUGUAAAAUAGAUGGCAAUAUUGCUAGAGCUGGGACUCUGGUAAGCAACGGUCAUUUUUAGUCCCUGUCUGGACAUAGUUGAAAUUUAUAAGAGGUUGAAUGUUUCUAAUUGUUCUUGCCCUUUCUCAACAGUAAAGUUAUAUGUUCUUUGACUUCCUAUAGAUUCAAGCAAUAGAUUUUUAUGUCGGUGAUUAUUCAGGUGGGACCCAGGCUGCACUCUCCAAACUACUCAUCUAAUUAGACAUUAGCCCCUCUGUGUAUUUUACCUAGUUUAAUGUAGAGCAUAUCUUCAUUAAAAAGUUUUUAAUGUAAAAUAUAGUCUUCCAAAGGAAUGACAGAUGUUUUCAUUUCAGAAGCAAAGCUAUCACAUCACUUGGGAUCCCGUCUUUUCAUGUCUGUGAAAUAUUUCUAUUCCUCCCCUUCCCGCCAGUAUGCCUCCUUCAUUUGGACAUAGUCUGUCAUUCGUUUCCAGAUGUGAACCGCCUCUUCACACUUCUCUAUCAUUUUCUCCUCCUCUAAGAGAGUUGCUCUGUAGUGGGCGGGUCUAGUGAGUCCUUCAUUCUAGAUGCAGCUUUUCCUACAGGUCCUCUACUGUGGCUCUCAGCUCUUAUCAUAUUGAUAUUGACAGAUUAUAAAUUUAAAAAGUCAGCAGAUACAGAAAUAUCAAGUACAGAUAUUAGGAGGAAUAGAAAACUGUCAAGUAAGUUGACAACUCUGCCCUAACUUCCCCAGAGGAAGAAAAACCCCUUCCGGUUAUCACUUUGUAGGAGACCCUUAAGUUCUUUUCAGGGCGCGGAGGUAUCCCCUGCUCUGGAGAAUGUGCAGACAGGUAAUGUACUGCUGGUGAUGUCGGGGGCGCGUGAGAAGAGAGAUGACAUCUCAUUAAGCAAUGUUAAAAAUCAGUUAUUAUGACUACAACCCUUUGCAGUUUCAGGGUACCUUUCCAGAUGUGUAUCUGUUGUCUUUCAACAAUGGUCCCCCUAGGAUAUAGUCUAGAUGUGACUGAGAGCUGAUGUGAAAUGCCGGUUCAAGGCCACACAACUUAUUGUUAUUAGACUGGGAAUCAAUCGGGACUCCUAACUCUGAAAUUCUGUCCUUUCAAUUCCUUACGUGUCCACACAAUUCCUUAUGUGCUGCUAACGCGGACCUCGCCUGGCCAGGGGCACCAGAGGGCUGGGAGGAAAAAUCCCAGCUGAGAAUAUUUCUGAUUUUCUGAAGUCCCAGGUGCGAUCAGGGGGUUCACACAGCCAGGAAGGACUUUGUGGAAAGAGUACAGGAGGUUUGCUAGCGGAAGCCAAUGUGGGCGCUAAGAAAACGACUAGCCUGAGCUUCACUAAAGUGAACUAAUCCUUCCAGGCUGGAAGGGAAACCCUGCUUUCCCCACCGGCUGUUACAUCGGCCUCAGCAUGCAGGGGCUGUGCAAAGUGUCAGACCUGCCUCUCUCCCAUUUACCCGCCUUUCAGAGCCAGAGGUUGAGGUCAGUGAGAAGUAAAUAUUUGCUCAAUACAAAUGAACCCAACAGCGAAAGGAGUUUUUGUCAUGGGGGGUGUGGAGGGAGGUCUGAGCGCACAACCACAUCUUCUCAAUUCUGGCCGUGCCGAGGGGCGUCCUUCUGCCUUUCGCGCCCGCAGACUGUGCCCGUCCUGCUCCUGGUCAACGGGCAGUGGCUGAGCAGAGGUUUGCAGCCUUCCUACACCUCACACUGGCACCAGUCUGUGGCUAUGUGGUCGAAGACCACCGAUGUCGAACUUCCUGGAAGCAGACUUUAAAAGGCACUGCAGCAAUUGAAUCACAAAGAACCUUUACCUUUGAAUCUUUAUUAAAUGCUUCUAGGUCACAUUUUCCGUGUUUCCCAAUUGGGGAAAAAAAAUCAAGUUAAAAAAGACUAAUUUGAAAGAAUGUUCUAUUGUGUCUUCUGCUUUUUGCUGGUGGAAAUCAUUCUGUUCUCAUUCAGGAAGUGGUUGUGGUUUACCACCAAAAUCAGACUGGGAAACAAGUCCAGGAUAAGUUACAUGAUACUCAUUCCUGUAAAGGCAUGGAUCCCUAGGACCCCAACGGUUUAUCUGCAGGCCUCAUACUGGAAGAAGUUUUGUUUAAGGAUUAGAAAUGUGUUUAUUUUCAAAUGAGAUAGGACCGUGUGAAUAUUACCGAUAGAUGACAGCUACUGUUGUUGCGGUACUUUUAUUCUCAUUAGCUCGUUAUAGUAAGCCCUCAUCCAUUUCUGACAGGGGUCCUAGGUAAUUGUUAAUCAUAUCUCUGUUCCCUUAUUUCCCCACUACCCUCCAGCUCCCAAAGGUCACUUGCUAGUGGAAUUUCUCCAGCUGUAGAGAAGAAGAAUAAUAUAAAACUAAACCUCACUUGUACUAAGGUCCUAUGGACUUAAUGUAUUAAUCUUAGGGAUACCUGAAAUUUAGGAGAAUAUGCAGAUGAUGACAUUGUUCAAUGAAAAAGAGAACAGCAGACAUGGGGUGAGGGUAUAUAUAUAUAUAUAUAUAUGUAUGUAUGUAUACAUAUAUAUACGUGUGUGUGUGUGUGUGGUGUAUGUGUGUGUGUGUGUGUAUGAAAUCUCAUGGCUACUGUCUAGCCCUUAUCCUCCCAGGAACAUCAGUCAUUGAUUCUCGCUGACCCGCCUAGUUCACAGUGGUCAGCUGAGUGCUUUGAGGACACUUGGCCCAGCCCACACCAUCUUGGAGGCAAAGAGCUGAAACAGCAGGACUUCUCUUACAGCUUUGUUUGGAACUGGGUUUCGUGAUCGUUCGCUGUGGCCUGAUAUUUUUCACAGACACGCAGUGAGCGUAAUAUGUGGCACAACCAUUCCCUGCUUGUAUUUUGCGUAUGUACAUAAGAGUUGUGUUAUAUACAUGAACCCCAGAAAUAAAAGUCUGGGGAGUCAGAAUGUUUGCCUUGCAUACGGCAGACUACCAGAUUUGAUCCCGGCACCCCAGAUGAUUCCCCAAGUCCCGCCAGAAGUGACCCCUGAGCACAGAGCCAGACGGCGGGCCUGAGCAUUGCCCGGUGUGGCCCCCAAACAUCUAAACAAACAAAGCUUGGAGAAGUAAACAGCAACUCAGUGUGUCCUACUAGGGCAAGGAAAGAAGUUUGGCCUCACCCACCAAAAAACCUUCAGUCUAUUGAGAUGUUCUUGACAGAAAGGAGUUUGGGAGCUAAAGUGAAUUCAGUGUGUGCAGGGGAAUAAUGGGAGAUUAAAGCAAGUUUCUUUCAUGAACCCCUCAGCCAAGGGGGCAAAAAGGAGGAAGAACACACUGAUUCAUUCAGAGACGCCAAGUAAUAUCAAAAAGAAUAAAGGCUAUGGAACAUUAAAACGUCAGUGGUUGAAUGAUGCCUUUUUAAAGGCAGUUGGGAAUCUUUCUUACUUUUUACUUAUGCAGUUGUAAUAAUAGAAACGAGAGAGAGAGAGAGAGAGAGAGAGAGAGAGAGAGAGAGAGAGAGAGAGAGAGAGAGAGAGAGAGAAAGAGAUCCCAGGGCUUCCAAUCUCAUCCGAAAGUGGAAUGAUUUAAAGUUUUCAUGCUGCACUCAAACACUCUGUAACACAUUAAAUGUCAGCCCAAGCAAUUAGGGAAUGUUUCUGAAACAUUAAACUUGCAUUUAUGUCACUAAAAUUCUAACAUAAAUUUUAAAAGCAUAUCUCAGAUGUACGCUGUACUAGGCUUCAUGAUGCAUUUCUAAUUUGUGUAUGAUUUGAAUAUAUGAAAGAAUUUAUACGAGAGUGUUAUUUAAAAUUAUUAAAAAUAAAUGUAUAUAAUUUGUA